GUAAACUGUGGAGGACCUAAUCGCAUUUCUCCUAAACCGAUUCACAUAUUUUCUUCAUAUGCUCCCAAAACCCUAACCCUAACCCUGAUAGCUGUGACAGCUUCGUUCUUCUUCCACCUCGGGAAAUGGCGAAGUCGAAGAACCACACUGCCCACAACCAGUCCUACAAAGCCCACAAGAAUGGAAUCAAGAAACCCCGAAAGCACCGCCACACCUCCACCAAAGGGAUGGAUCCCAAGUUUUUGAGGAACCAAAGGUAUGCGAGGAAGCAUAACAGGAAGAGUGAAGGGUCUGCAACUGAGGAGGAGGCGUAGACAUUGCGCUGUAUCCGUUCUGGGGAUGCUGUUAAGAAACGGUGUCGUUUUACUUGUUAUGUUUUUGGAAAUAGUUACAAUGUUUUGGUUUUAACCCAAGUCUAAAUCAGUGUAUGUUUUAGAUUUUGAAAUGAAAGUAGUUUUUGCCUACUAAAUCAUGACUAUUACCAUUAAUGGUUACAUGGGUUGUUUCCUCUGUUUCUGCAAUUGCAAUAGAAUGUCUUGUUUUGAUUGGAAUGAA